AUGGCCGGACAGUCCGCUAAUGGAGGAAACGGGCAUGGAAAUGCGGCUAGGGCCACAGAGGCCUUCUUUGCCCAGAGGCAAGUGGUGAUAGAGCGGAUUAUGAAGUACUGGGCCGCGGGCAUAUGUGGCCUGAUCGCCGUCUUCGUCCUCUUCCACUGGGCACGUUGGUUCUGCGUUAAGGUGGAACGUUCAAACAAGCCUUAUGGAGUAUUCGGUCGUCCAUUCGUUGCGAGUUCAAGGCUCGUGAGAAAUCUGCUAGUACGAAAGGUCCCUGGCUUCAAAUCUGCCGGGCAUGCCAUGGUCAUUAUGGCCUAUGUCGCUAUUAACCUGGCUAUCGUGUUUACCAACGUGGACACUAGCUCGAUGGGAAGCUUGGGGCACAGGUUCGGCUGGGUAACACUAGGGAACCUCGUCUUGGUCGUAUUCUUGGCACUCAAGAACACCCCCUUGGCGUUCAUAACGGCCUAUUCAUACGAACGGCUCAACUGCCUUCAUCAGAUCGCCGGCUGCAGUAUGUUCAUUGCGAUGCUUCUCCACGGCACCCUAUACACGGCCUUCUUCGACAGCUCGGGGCGGCUGUUACACAUCUACUCCGAGAGUUCAGGGAUCGCGGCCAUCGUGGCAGGGUUCGCUUUUUUGAGCGUUGUGUUCUCUGCUCUGGUCCUCCGGCGUUUCUGGUACGAGCUGUUUUACGUCACGCACAUCUUCUCCUGGAUCAUAGCCAUAAUCGCCGUCGGUUUUCAUCGGCCCGAGAUCGCAAACAAAACGCUCAUUAUCGUCCUCAUCGCGGCGUCCAUGUGGUUCCUCGACCGUGUCAUCAGGGCCUCUAGGAUCCUGUACUACAGCGCCAACAAUGGAGCAACAUUGCACCCCUUGCCUGACGGGAGCACCAAGAUUGUCAUGAAGAAAGUCCCGGCGAGGGCAGAGCCCGGGAAGCACUGUUUUGUUUGGAUUCCUGCCAUCCGCAAGUUCGAGACGCAUCCGUUUACAAUCCAUGGAAGCUCGCCCCUCGAGUUUACAGUCAAGGCUCGCAAUGGCUUCACUAGCGACCUCUACAAGCAUGCUGUGGCCAACCCUGGUGUGACAGUGAGGGCAUCGAUUGACGGGCCGUAUGGCACGUUUCCUAACCCCAUGGAGUUUGACAAGAUCGUGCUGAUUGCCGGGGGCGGCGGUGCCACCUUCACAUUCGGCCUUGCCGUCAACGUGCUCGAGAGGAUGGACGAGGGGUCCCCUAAGAACAUUGUGUUUGUGUGGUCGGUUAAGAAACACGAGAAUCUUUCCUGGUUCAAAGAACAGCUCGAGCUACUAAGGACGCAUGCGCACUCGCCCAACGUCAAUGUUUCCCUUUAUGUUACACGGGCUCCCACGUCGACCUCCGACCUCCCGAGCGAGAGCGAGAACAGCGAGCACCCUGGCCGCUCUGACUCGUCUUCCGAUGGCGCUGACUCGCCGCCUUUGUCGCCCGUUGGGUCCGAUCUUGAGAAGAACGUCCGUCAAACUGCAGUGCCCGCCGGCGGUUGGCCGCCCCUCUCACAGAGUGCUCUCGAGAAGCAGACGGAAGCCGUUGAGACGCAGGUCAAGCAUAACGGUGCGGUUGAGAAAGAUACGGCCACAGCCGUAUCCCACACUUUCUUCGAGUACCCCAUCAAGGCGGGGCGUCCCGAUGCUGCGUCUCUCAUUCGCGAUGCCGUCAAGACUACGCCGCGGAACCAGCGGGUUUUGGUUGCGGCAUGUGGACCGAACGGGCUGAUGCAUGUGGUCCGGGAUACUACCGCCAAGUUGAUUGUUGCCGAUGGCCCGGCCGUGGAGUUGCACUGUGAGCAGUUUGGCUGGUAA